AUGUUUGCUGCUGCAACCAAAAACUUCGUUAAACAGGUUGGUGAUGGAGGAAGAUUAGUUCCCGUGCCCAGCCUCAGUGAAGCUGACAGAUACCAACCUCUGAGCCUUGUGAUUAAAAAAAGAAAAUGUUUGCUUUCGAAAAAAUCUAAAUUUGCUUCAACACCUUUCACAUUAAAAGACAUUCUUCAAGGGGAGAAAGAAAUUUCUGCAGGAGAAGUCAGCUGGCUUGUCUUCAAUGAAAAAAAAAUCAAAAAUCUCAUCAAAAAGUCUGAGAAAAAGACUUUUCAUCAUCACACAAAGGUUAUCUUCUUUUACUCAGGUGUCUCGUCUUACCAGUUGCUCAACUAUGAAGACAAAUCAGAUGUUUCACUUAACGGCAGAAGAGGAAAUCAGAUAAUGAAUGAUGUUGGUUUUGAUGUUGCUGGAUCAGAUUCUAUUGCCUUUAAAGCUUCAUUUGGCAUAGUGACCAAACAUGAAGUUGAAGUACCAACAUUACUGAGAGAACUUACUACAAGAAAAAUAAACUUUGAUCAUUGUCUAGUCCAUCAAUCAAGAAAAAGUAGGAUGGAAAUUUUGUGUGUGGUCAUGGAAAGUAUUCGAACUACAAGGCAGUGCUCAUUAACUGUCCAUACUGGAAUGCGUGGAGAGACAAUGAGGUUUCACAUAAUUGAAGAUCAGAAUUCUAAAGGGCGGGACAAAGCCAUUGUUUUUCCUGCACAUACAACUAUUGCUUUUAGUGUAUUUGAACUCUACAUUCAUUUGGAUGGUAAUUUCGAACUCUGUGUGACUCCAAUUGCAAAAGGAGGAUUUGAAAGAGAGAAAUCUGGAUCAUCUUCACUGACCAAAUUCAGGAGAUUAAAGAAUAAUCUCUUUCAUCGAAAUAAAGGAGUAGUGGAAAUCGUUGCUAACUCUGAUCCUUACUUGGAGGACCUUUUUACAGAUUAUUAUGAAAAAGCUGCAAGCAUGACUGAUCUCUCUACAAGCUAUCUCAGAGACGGUUCUCAUAUCCGAAUUAAUUUACUUAAUAACAACAUCCCCAAAGGCCCCUGUGUCCUCUGUGGAAUGGGAAGUUCAAAAAGGGAGACAGUCUAUGGAUGCCUGGAGUGUUCUUUCAAUGGACAGAAGUAUGUACGACUGCAUGCCGUGCCCUGUUUUGACCUCUGGCAUAAGAGAAUGAAGUAACUGAUCUGGGUAAGUGCCUGUUAUCACAGACAUGGGCAUAACUGUGCCACAAACUUUUCAGAGUUAGCAAAUAUGUCUCCAAUUGUGACAUGCAAAACAGUGAA